GCUUGAACUGAACAAACGGCUAUACACAUCGCAAGUAUUGAUGGAGUGAAAUUGCUCUACGAAGAUCAUAACGCAAGAAGAAUCUUGGCACCGGUCGCGGAAUCUGCUUAAUAUGAAUAACAGCAAGUAUACGGAGAACAAGUCUUUCAAUUCAAUUCACAAACUCAACUCUUGUCAUUAUGUCUUCAUACGAUGGUAUCGUCUACUCCAUUCCCCCGCCUCCAGGAAUUACCCCAAAUUCGCAGGCCCCAUAUCAUGCAACCGGACUCGUGGUAGUUAUAUGCGUCUUCGUUCCUCUGGCUAUAAUAGCGGUUUCCGUUCGGACUUUCACGAGAUCUAGAAUUGUUCGAAUAUUUGCCGCUGAUGAUUGUAAGUUCUCAUAACCAUAUUGUCGUAUAAGAAUAGUUCUGACCUAGUGUUUAUGAGUAGAUGUUAUGAUAUCUGCCUUGGUAUUCUCAAUACACCCCUUGGAGGUAGAAGUUGAAACUGACGAUGUGUUCUCCCACGAAGCUGACCUCAAUUGCCUUAACGGGAUGCAUUCUGAAUCUACUCGACUAUGGACUAGGAAAACAUCUGUAUGAUGUGCCACUUGACGAUUUAUAUCCCAAUUUUUUGAAGAUUAACGUCAUUGCUGCCAUCCUUUUCUGUGCUGCAACUGGUAUGGCAAAGACAUCCAUUCUUCUCUUCUACCGACGCAUAUUUCCCUCUCGGAAGUUUCACUGUGCUAUCUGGGGUCUGGUUGCAUUCACAGUUUGCUAUUCAUCUGCAAGUGUUCUGGCGAAUGUGUUUAGCUGCCGUCCUAUAUCUGCAUCUUGGGAUAUCAAAUAUGCAGGAACAGCAGAAUGUAUCAACAGGCCUGUGUUUUAUUUUGCACAGGCAGGUUUGGGCAUUGCAACGGACUUUGCAACUGUUAUUGCGCCUCUCCCAAUGAUGUACAACUUACAGAUCCCUAUGAGGCAGAAAAUUGGGGUUGGGGGUAUAUUGAUAAUGGGAAGCUUCGUUUGUGUCGUUAGCAUCAUCCGUCUAAAGUCUUUAUACGUAUUGCUUAAAGGCAGUGAUCUCACCGUUGACACAGUCGAUGCCCUGACCUGGUGUGUUAUCGAGCUUAAUCUCAGUAUCGUUGGUGGAUGCGCCCCUACCCUAAGACCCUUUAUGCGAAAAUAUUGUCCCAGAGUGUUGGGAAGUUCGGGGCGCAUGUACGGCUCCGAUGAAGCGCGUCCCGGAAAAGGCCAUUCAUAUCCUCUCAAAAGCCACGAUAAGUCAACUCCGGCAACGAAAGAUAGCAAAUCGCGAUUAGGAAUUCCGGGUGGUAAUACAGUUACGGGCGAGAACGAAAGCGAGGAAUUCAUCAUUGGACAGAAAGACAGCUUGCGAGAUGAUUUAGAGUUUGGAGGAAUAGUUAGGACUGUAGACUUUGGGUACGAAGAGGGAGUUGAGCAAAGAGAGAGAUAAACAUCUGGAGACAGUGACGUCUUAAAUCGAAGACAGCGGUGCCAUCACUGCUAGUCCCAAAAUACCACACUGGAGAUCUCUAGAGAUACUGCAAUGUUGCGCAUCCGCGGCAUUAAAGAGAAUUUUUAGGCCACA